UCCAAAGCUGCUUUCAGACGGGAUACUCCGCCAGAGCCUUCAUGUAAUCGCGUUGUAAACUUUAACCAAAGGGUUGCAAAACCUCCCUUUUGGAACUUUAAAAUUCAAAAGGCAAACUUAUGAAGAAAGAGCUUUUGAUUAACUUCACAUUUCGCGGAGUUUUAGUUGGAAAGCGUAAGGGUAAGAAGGCUAAAAGAAGAAAAUGGCAGAUUUUAACCUCCGAAAAGCUGAACCAAAAGACGUUACCGAUAUAUUGCGGUUGAUUAAAGAGCUUGCGAAAUUCGAGGAGAUGGAGGAACAAGUUGUGCUGACCGAGAAAGAGCUUCUGGAAGAUGGGUUUGGGGAGCAUCCCUUCUACCAUUGUCUGGUGGCAGAGGUCCCUGCGGACCGGAGGAGCAGAGAUGGUCACACUGUGGUGGGGUUUGCGAUGUACUACUUCACCUAUGACCCCUGGAUCGGCAAACUGCUGUACCUGGAGGACUUCUACGUCAUGCCAGAGUACCAAGGUUAUGGGAUGGGGUCGCACAUCUUCAAGCGUCUGAGCGAGACGGCGGUGAAGACUCGCUGCAGCAGCAUGCACUUCAUCGUGGCGGAGUGGAACAGCAAGUCCAUCGAGUUCUACAAGCGGCGCGGAGCGGCAGAUCUGUCCCUGGAGGAGGGCUGGCGGCUCUUCGAGAUCGACAAGCAGAGCCUCCUCAAGAUGGCCAAGUAGACGGCGGCAGAAGCACCUGCGGGAGGACACACACACACACACACACACACACACACACACACUCUCUAAAGUCCACAUAUAACAUUUAGCAUUUAGAGGAAAAUGGCGACCAAUCACUAAAACGGACAAUGGGGACCUACUGUGAAGACUUAAAGAAGGCAGAUAUGAGGUGUAGAGUUGUGUCGUCAUGACGACCACUUCAUUUAAACCAAAGGGACUUGUAGUUCUACCAGUGAAGGAGGCCAUUUAGGAGUUGCCAUUUUGAUGCUUGGACUAAACUUUUAAUGUUUCAUUUGAGCUCAGCGAUUUGAUCCAAAGGGAAUUGAUGCAUAGGAGAUGGACGAGGUAAUUCUUCUAGAUCGUUCUUCAUCCCAAGGACAGGACGAGGUCAUUAGUCUGUGAUUCCAAAAUAUACAGACUUUGUUACCCUGGCACCCUGUCUGUCCCUUUGAUUAUUGUCUGAAUAAAUCAAUAAAAUAUGAUGCAUAUU